AUGGUGCACACAAAAUUGAUAACAUCUACCAAUUCUGCAGUCUCUCCCUCACUUAGCUGCAUAUAUCACUCUCAUUGUACUGCAUUUCACACACUUUCUCUUUUAUUCUGCUACAUUCACCACUCUCUCAUUUUUCUAUCAUCAUUCUCUCAUUCUUCUACACCCACCAGUCUCUCUCUCUCAUUCUUCUACACUCAUCAGUCUCUCUCUCUCAUUCUACACUCAUCAGUCUCUCUCUCUCAUUCUUCUACACUCAUCAGUCUCUCUCUCUCAUUCUUCUACACUCAUCAGUCUCUCUCUCUCAUUCUUCUACACCCACCAGUCUCUCUCUCUCAUUCUUCUACACCCAUCAGUCUCUCUCUCUUCAUUCUCUCUCUACUUCUACCCACAGUCUCUCUCUCUCUCUCAUUCUUCUACACCCACCAGUCUCUCUCUUCUCAUUCUUCUCUCUCAUUCUUCUACCCACCAGUCUCUCUCUCUCAUUCUUCUACACUCACACCCAUUCUUCUCUCUCUCAUCUCUCAUUCUUCUACACCCACCAGUCUCUCUCUCAUUCUUCUUCUCUCUUCUUCUUCACUCUCUCUCAUUCCCACCAGUCUCUCUCUCUCUCAUUCUUCUCAGUCUCUCUCUCUCAUUCUUCUACACUCAUCAGUCUCUCUCUCUCAUCUUCUCUCUCUCUCUCAUUCUUCUACACCAUCAGUCUCUCUCUCUUCUUCUACCCACCAGUCUCUCUUCUACACUCAUCAGUCUCUCUCUCUCUUCUACCUUCUUCUCUCUCUCAUCAGUCUCUCUCUCUCUCUCUCUCUCUCAUUCUUCUACACUCAUCAGUCUCUCUCUCUCUCUCAUUCUUCUACACUCAUCAGUCUCUCUCUCUCUCAUUCUUCUACACUCAUCAGUCUCUCUCUCUCUCUCAUUCUUCUACACUCAUCAGUCUCUCUCACUCAUUCAGUCUCUCUCUCUCUCUCUUCUAUCAUCUUCUCUCACUCAUCAUCAGUCUCUCUCUCUCUCAUCAUCUCUCUCUCUCACUUCCUCAUCAGUCUCUCUCUCAUUCUUCUACACUCAUCAGUCUCUCUCUCUCUCUCAUUCUUCUACACUCAUCAGUCUCUCUCUCUCUCUCAUUCUUCUACACUCAUCUCUCACACCCACCAGUCUCUCUCUCAUCAUUCUCUCUCUCAUCAGUCUCUCUCUCAUUCUCAGUCUCUCUCUCUCACUCAUCAGUCUCUCUCUCAUUCUUCUACACUCAUCAGUCUCUCUCUCAUUCUUCUACACCCACCAGUCUCUCUCUCAUUCUUCUACACCCACCAGUCUCUCUCUCAUUCUUCUACACCCACCAGUCUCUCUCUCUCUCAUUCUUCUACACCCACCAGUCUCUCUCUCUCAUUCUUCUACACCCACCAGUCUCUCUCUCUCUCUUUCUCAUCAUUCUGCUACAUUAACCAUUCCCUCCCUCUCUCAUUCAGCUACAUGCCUCACUCUGUCCACCCAUUUAUCUCUCUCUCAGCAAUGCACAAUAUCAUUUAUAAUGACCUUAGGUAA